GGGUGCGCUGCACGUGGAGCCCGGGACUGAUUUGAAGCCUAGGAGCCCCAGCUGCUAACAUCUGGGGGCAGGAUCAUGUCUGCUAACAAAGGCUCGUGGGCACCACCUGAGGGUGAGGACAGCAUGUCUGAGAAGUUCCUGAGGAAGACCAGGGAGUCUCUGCUGGUGCCUAUAGGCUUAGGGGGCUGUGUGGUGUUGGCAGCAUGCAGGAUUUACCGGCUGAAGGCUCGUGGUUCCACCAAGAUGUCCACACACCUGAUUCACACCCGAGUGGCAGCACAGGCCUGUGCUGUGGGUGCGAUCAUGCUGGGUGCUGUGUACACGAUGUACAGAGACUACAUCAAGAGAACCGCGCAGGACGCUGGGGAGAAGUAGGACUCCUACAGGCCUGGGGCAGUCAGACCUCUUCGAUCAACCCCUGGUAUGCUCCUAAUAAAGGAGUCUGAGGCAAA